AUGGCGGAUGUCUUUUUGAAGCUUGCCAAACGGCAGCUCCUCGGCGACGAUGACGAAGAAGACGAAGACGAAGGAGAAAGCUGCCCCACAAACUUUGACGACCUCAGUCAAGCCGAUCCCAUUACCGGAAGCGUCACCUUCCACGAUCUCAUGAUCUAUAUCUCCAUACCGUGCAUGGUUAUAACCCUGAUCGUCAGUGGGUACCUUGUCCUCGGCCAGGCACGCAACUACCGAGAGCCUCGCGUACAGAAGCACCUCAUCCGGAUUAUCGUGACGGCGCCGGUCUUCUCAGUUCUUUGCUUCAUUGGCGUCGCCAGUUACGGUGCAACGCAUUACGUCGAGGCACUUGCCGAGUUUUAUGAAGUGUUCACACUACACGCCUUAUUCCUUCUGUUUAUAGCCUACCUCGUACCCACGACAAACUGGGAAACCCAGGUUGCCUUCUUCUCAAAUCCAAAGUACGGCGGCUUCAAGUUUUUCAAGAAGCGGUACCUAUUCGUCAUGCAGGUCAUACCUGUCAAGCUAGCCACCACUCUUGGAUAUAUUAUCACAACUGGAGUUGAGUGCUGGAUGGACAGAAGUUCGAGGAGAGCUUCAACCAUUCUAGCUAUCAUCGAUACUUUGACCCUCAUCAUUGCGAUCAUGGGCAUUUUCCCGUUCGUUCUGCGAAACCAAGCGCACAUUCAAAAAUUGGACCCACAAAUUCUCAGCAAGCUGAUCAGCGUGAAGCUCAUUGUCGUUGCCAGAGUUCUCUUGAACCUGGUCCUGAGUAUCUUGGGAUGGACGGACUCAAUGGAGGCCACCGACACACUCUCUUACAACGACCUCAACGUCGGCCUUUCUGUGUUCAUUACCUGCAUCCUGGCAAUGGUCACAAGCCUCAUCAUGUUGCCUUUCUAUCGGCCGAAGCAGUUCCAGGAGAGGCCACUCGUUGAUUUCCCGGGAGCAGAGACAGGCUACGCCCCUCGGGUCGCGAUUGACUACGAUGAUGAAGGCAAUGCUCAAGUGGGAGAGCAGCUCAUCAAGCCGGAGGUGAAGCCCAAGGCAAAAGGGAGAAGAGCACUACUGGAUGUCCUUAAUAUCAUCGACGUCCUCCGGGCUGUUGCCAGAGGUGUCAGACUUAUCGGGAAGAAGGAUGGAUAUACGGCUCCUCCCGAACAGGAGUUGCCUGAAUACCGCCAGCACUAG